AUGCUUUGCCUUCGUUCAUCUCGUAUUCUUGUUCAGCGAUCUGCUUUGCCGUUAGUCGCGAAUAGCUGUUUUCGUCGAGAGUUUCAUUGUUCUCAGUUAGUACAAAAUGAAACCCAAAAAAAGACUGAAGUCAACAAAGAUACAAGCGAUGGUUCUUCGCCUUCCCAUCCUGCUAGUUCCGUACUGGCUGGUACAAUUCUCAAAAACCUCAAUAUCAAAGCCGGAGGCAUUGACCCUGUAGCCAAAGAGGAUCAUGAAUAUCCAGAAUGGCUUUGGACUCUAUUAGAUGCUCCUGCUUCAGACACUAGUGCUGCUUUAAGUCGCUCCCGCAAGAACGCAAUUCGUACUUCCAACUUUUUGAAAAAGAAAUAA